AUGACGUUGACCAUUACGGAUCUUCCUGAUGAGGUCCUGGGGCAGAUCUUUAAAAACGUUUUCCAGAUAUACUCUCCGAAAUUUGUUUCUCCGCCCACUGCUGGUGAAGUUGAGCGCAUGAAUAAAUGGAGACUCGGGGAAAGAACUCGAUUGGUAACUACCAUGAGACUAGUUUGUCGAAAAUGGGCCCAUUGGCUCUACAAAGGACAUCUCUAUGAUACGCUUUCGUUUCAGUCUUCUAAGAAAUCAAGCGCUUUUACCAACCAACUGGCACUUGCUUAUUAUUCGAAUAGGCUCCGGGAAAUUCCCCAAUGCCGAUAUCUGAAAAUUCCUCAGCUCUGGACUGGCUGGCAACCUCCGCCUCCUGGGAAGACUAGAUAUCCGGACUUCGUUUGUCUACUUGACCGAUUCUACAAAACAAUUGUCGCACUCGAUAUUCAAGCUGUCAAUUUAUUCACACUUCACAUGUUAACUAUCGGGCGAAUAGGUCAGCUGGAGAAGCUACGUUUCUUAAGACUUCGAAUCGAUUUCACCACGCGGGGGAAAAUAACGUUCAGAGGGAGAUCACUCGCGGCCGAUUCAAUCCCGAACCACUAUCCAACCGAUUCGGAAUGCCUUUUAGCUUUACUUAGAGAAGCUAAACAGGUGGUCUGCCUCGAUUUGACCGAUUUCCGCCCAGUUUGUUCACCAGGAUCUAUUGCAGAAAACCUCGGUGACUGUCAAUUCCCUGGAAUCAAGGCGUUAAAACUGGAUGUGAAAGCAGGCGAGAAUCUUACCCAUGUGGGGAUUGAAAGAAUCGCGACUAGGCUACCCAAUCUCACAGUGCUGUGGAUCGGGGGGAAUGGCCACGAAGAGAGUCAAAUCCUUGUCCCCCUUUUCAAAAUCCUCAGGGAGCAGCUGGAAGAGGUCUUUUUCAAUGACGCCAGGGUAAUGAGAUACAUUCUCGACCUGAGAUUCCCGAAACUACGAGUGCUAAGGCUACACGAAUGGGGAAAUAACUUGAACGAUUACUCGCGGAAACCGAUGCUUGCGGAGGCUCCCUUGGAGGUUCUUGCGCUUCACUGCUAUCCGUUUCGUAAACGCCCAAACAUUUCCCUUUCUGCGCCUUUCCAAGCUCUUCCGCAUUUGAGACGGUUAGAAUUCCAUGAAGCCUCCAAGUUUCCACCACCCUCGCGAUUCAAAAAAUCAUGUGAACGUCACGGACUGGAAUGCGUCUUUCGUGACCAUGACGAUAUCGGAGAAGAUGGUCGCUUAAUUCUUGAUUUCGAUUCUCCUUCCGUGUUGCGAAACCAAUUUAUGAUAUGA